ACAUCAAAAAUUCGAAUGCACAGAUUUUUAGUGACUUUGUCAAUUGUCAUGUUCAACUUCAACGUUUUCAACCAGUGAACUGUGUUCAACAGAAUAAUGACCAAAUGCUGACAAGGUGGCAGCACAUCUCUUACGACAGUAACUUCUAGUGAUCUAUAUCUUCGCGGCAGAUCUGAAAAGGGAAAAUAUUUUAGUCUGUGCACCAUUGUCUUCGAAAUUCCUUUUUUAUGGCAGAGAAAAUAAAUUUUGAUCUAUACAAGGAUCUCCAACCAAGUCAGAUACCACUGGUAUACAGUCAUCGAUACAAUAUUAAAUUUUUCGGUUUGCAAAAACUUCAUCCAUUUGACUCUGAAAAAUGGGGGAAAGUUGUUGGAUAUUUGUCAGAGAGUGAUGUUUUAAAAAAUAAAACAUUUGUUGAACCUCUUGAAGCAAGUGAAGAAUAUCUUUUGAAAGUGCAUACUCAACGAUAUUUGGAUAAUUUGAAGUGGUCCUGGAGAGUUGCUAGUAUCACAGAAGUUCCUCCAGUUGCAUUCCUUCCAAAUUUCAUUGUUCAACGUAUACUGUUGAGACCUUUACGAUUACAAACAGGGGGAACCAUUUUGGCAGGAAAACUUGCUGUAGACAAUGGAUGGGCAAUAAAUGUUGGAGGUGGGUUUCAUCAUUGCUCAAGUGAUAAAGGAGGAGGAUUUUGUGCAUAUGCAGACAUUACAUUGGCACUUAAUUUUCUGUUUGAAAAGGCCUCGACAGUUUCCAAAGCAAUGAUUGUAGAUCUUGAUGCUCAUCAAGGUAAUGGCCAUGAACGUGAUUUUUUAAGCAAUCCACAAGUCUACAUUAUGGAUGUUUAUAAUUCAAAAAUUUACCCUUUUGACAAAUUUGCAAAACGUGCAAUAAACAAAAUGGUUGAAUUGGAUCAUGAAACUGAUGAUGAUAAAUAUCUUAGUCUAGUUGAACGUAAUCUAAAUGAAGCAUUAGAUGAAUUUGAACCGCACAUCAUAGCUUACAAUGCAGGGACUGACAUUCUUAAAGGUGACCCUCUAGGAAACCUUGCUAUCACUGAACAGGGUAUUAUAUUAAGAGAUGAAUUGGUAUUUGAAGCUGCAAGAAAACGAAAAAUACCUAUAUUCAUGGUUACAUCAGGUGGCUAUCAGAAACAUACUGCAAAAGUUAUUGCUGACUCUAUUAUAAAUUUGCAUAAGAAAGGAUUGAUAAGCUGAAACUAUGAAAGACUGGGGUAUAGGAACGGUGAUCCAAAACUAUAGCACUACAGCCCAGCUGGAUGCUUGACAAGUUAAAGCUAAUAUAAGCACCACAUAAAAAAGAUUUUGAUCGUCAAAUACAAGACAACUUUUCAGUAUUUGCCUUGGAACUGAUGCACAGUGCAAUUUUGUAACAUUUUCAAAAUCUAAAACUUUUUGCAGCAACGCCAUAAAUUAACCAAAUUUUUAAUGAUAACCCAUAUUACGAAUGCAAUUUUUUAAGUCAUUUGCUUUAUCCAGAAACAUCUAGGUAUUUUUAUUGCCAAAUCAUGUGACUUCCACAUAUGGCACCCUGGUAAAUCUGGAAAAUAAAGCUAUUUACAAUGCUUUGGUCUAGAUAUUCUUAAGGCUUUCAAAGGAGCUGCUUCUUUAACUGUAACAGCUGUCAAGCAAUUUUUGUUAUUAUGUUACUCUAAUGCAAAGUA